AUGGGGUCACAAGUUUUGUUAGCAUGUGCAGUAGCGUGUGUGUAUGGAGCACAGAAGAACCUGGUGUUGGUUGGAGGAAACUUACAGGAAGACAACGCCGAGGUGUACAAUCUUAUAGUGGAGCUGGCGGGUGGCCGGGGCAAUGCCAAGAUUGGUCUAGUGACAGCCGCCAACCUAGACCCGGAGAACUCCGCUCGGUACUACAAGGACAUGUUCCAAGGGCGGUACGGGGCGGCCGAGGCAACAUGGAUACCGGUCGACAUCUACCGGAAGGAAAACAACAGUGACCCGGAAGUGGUCGCCCUCAUCAAUGGCAUGACGGGAUUCUUCUUCGGGGGUGGAGAUCAGAUUCACGUCAUAGAAUCUUUCUACCUUGCUGAUCGGCAGGAGUCUCCCGCCCUGGCCGCCAUCCGGGCAAAGUUUGAGGCAGGCGCGGUGGUGUCGGGUACAAGUGCCGGGGCCGCGUGUCAGAGCUCAGCCGUCAUGAUAGUAUUUGUUGGUUUGAGCUACAACGCGCUUGCGCACGGCACCAGCGACUCCUACAACCCUAAUACCCCGGAUGAGGUGGCGUACAACAGAAGCGGCGGAUUGGGUCUCGCUCCGGGGUUCGUAGUGGACGUUCAUUUCAGUGAGAAAGGGCGGGAAGGGCGGCUGAUCCGGCUGCUAGCGGAUACCAGGGACGAGCCGAACGGUGCGACACUUGGAGUCGGGGUGGACGAGAACACGGCCCUGCACCUGACCUGGGACACGGAACCGGACAGUGCCAUAGGGACGGUAGUUGGUACAGGUGGGGUUAUGAUGGUGGACAUCAGCUCUGCCGCCGUCUCUACGUCACGUGACUUUGACGUCACGGAUGUCGUCACCAGCUACCUGACAGAGGACGAUCGGGUGGACUUUGCAACGAAACAGGUGACCUUUGCCCCCUGGAAGCAAGGCCUCUCGGGAAACGAGCGCUUUGAUCGCGCCGCCAGUUCUCACAACAUCUUCGGCAGCCCGCACGCCCCCUUGCGACUUAGUCGGGAAUGGCAGCGCGUCGCAACCAGCCUGUUUGACUCCCGACUUGAUAAAACUGCUUACGGGAGGACGUUCGAAAACAACCCACAGUUUCAGGUAAGGUUGUUUAAAACUCUUUUUUUUGUAACUGUGUAG